GGUUUCGAUGCGCAACACUAUUGGAUGUAUACACACCUGACUUGGUGAGAAGUAACCUAUUCCAAAAUGUCUGCUUCAAAGAAGAAAACUGUCGAGCUGUUUUAUGAUGUAGUUUCGCCCUAUACAUGGUUUGCAUUUGAGGUUUUGUGCAGGUAUCAGCAUAGAUGGAACAUGAAUUUACAUCUGAAGCCUGUGUUUCUUGGAGGAAUCAUGAAAGGGGCAGAUAACCAACCACCUGCUAUGGUUCCCAAUAGAGGACUAUACAUGAGGAAAGAGCUAAAACUGCUUGCAAAAUACUUCCAGGUCCCCCUUAUUGAGCCUGCGAACACUGCAGAGAUGAUGUUUGUGAAAGGAACACUGAAGACACAGCGCUUCAUCACGGCUGUUGACAUGAUGGACUCUACCAAGACAGAGGAGCUCUCACGACAGAUGUGGCAUCGCAACUGGAGUCGGGAUGAAGACAUUACAGAACCAGAAAGUCUAAAACAGGCAGGUAAGCGUGCGGGGCUGUCAGACGCACAGAUCACCCGGGGUCUCGAGGACAUGCAGAGCAGCAAGGUCAAGGACAGAUUGAAACAGUUCACAGAUGAGGCCUUGAAUCAUGGGGCAUUUGGUUCUCCAACUAUCAUUGCUCACACGUCAAACAGUCCAGUGAUGCUCUUUGGGUCAGAUCGGUUUCCCAUUUUAGCCCAAGUUCUUGGUGAGAAAUGGGAAGGGCCCAUCCCAGGGGGCUGCAAGCUUUAAUAACUGAAACCAGCAUUUUGUUAGGUUGGACUUAUUAAUAGGCGGUGGACUUUUCAAGUUGAUUUAAGUAUUUAUUAAUGGGCAUUCACAUAAAAAAUAAUUAUAUUUGCAUUGAGAUCGCUCAGUUAUAAGAGUUAGGUUUGGGACUAUUACUGUGAUAAUAACUGAACAUUGCUUGUGUGUGUUAAUCUAAUCAACAAGGGCAGUAAUAACUAGCAUCCGUGAUACUUAUUAUGCCCCCCUUCGAAGAAGAGGGGGUAUAUUGCUUUGCACAUGUCGGUCGGACUGUCGGUCCACCAGGUGGUUUCCGGAUGAUAACUCAAGAACGCUUGGGCCUAGGAUCAUGAAACUUCAUAGGUACAUUGAUCAUGACUCGCAGAUGACCCCUAUUGAUUUUGAGGUCACUAGGUCAAAGGUCAAGGUCACAGGUGAAGGUCACAGUUACUGGAAAUAGGCAUUAUAAAUUUAUAAGGAUUAAGCAUGGUUCAAACAAGGGAAAGAACUACGGUUUAUGCAUGUUCUUUUUAUUACAGAUUUGCCUCCCUUUAAUUCAUUCAAAAUCUCAUUUUACAGCAGAGAUUCCAAAUCUCACCUGUAAAUGAGCCCCAUAUUUACUGCCAGUGCUAGGUUACCUUUUCCCAUUUGAUCAUUCUUAAGUAUUGGUAUUGUAAUGCUGCUACUGCUGCUGCUACUACUACUACUACUACUACUACUACUACUACUACUACUACUACUACUACUACUACUACUACUACUACUACUUCUACUACUACUUCUACUACUACUAAUACUACUACUACUACUACUACUACUACUACUACUCCUACUACUACUACUACUACUACUACUACUACUAUUACUCCUCCUCCUCCUCCUCCUCCUCCUCCUCCUCCUCCACCACCACCACCACCACCACCACCACCACCACCACCACCACCACCACCACCACCACCACCGUUGUUUACAGUGACAAAAAACGUAUUCACACAAUGGCUGCUACUACAACUUAUAGCCCAUAUAGGGGGGCAUGCAUAUUUUACAAACAGCCCUUGAUUAUGGUAGUCGUGAGCUUGUUUUCUGGCAACAUGCAGUAAAGGUAGUUUACAAAUAUUAUUGUACAUGUUGUUUUUAAAACAACACUGUACUAUUUAGUGAGGUGGUAAAUUCCAUAUUGUUGUAUGUGCUGAAUAAUCAAUGAAUAUGUUAUGUUAAUUAUUGAGUAUUGUUUUCAAAUGUUCAUAUGUUCUUAUCAUAAAAUCACAUAUAAAAGAUCUAAUUUGGAAAAAGGAUUUGAUUUACUUUAAA